AUGAACACCCUGCCCAGCUUUCCGAAACGUCAGUAAUACAAUUCCCUCGAUCUGGUGAACACUUCUUUUUCCUCAGGUUAUAGAUCCGGAUUUCAUACGUUCGCUAACCUGAAUGUCAAAACCCCCCCUGACAGAUUUACGAAUUGGAGGACAUUGCCCGUCCCUUUUUAUUUUUACUGGAGACGUAUCUGAGGAAUCGCAAACCUUCAGAAAACAUUUGCAUUCUAUUUUCUGCCCCUCCAUUCGAGGACAGUUCAGACAAUGUGUUCAUACUUGUUUUAACUUGCUCACUGACGUUCAAACAAGUGGAAGUUAGCAAACCCCCAUUUCGGUUUCCCGGACCAUAAGCUCUGUUUUGAUUUUUAUUACGGCUUGUCGACAAUAUGUUCGCCUGAAAAAAUGUAACUAUCUAACAAGCCUCUUCCUCCAACGUGCGUGCAAUUCAAGUCCGUGUGCGGCCGGUGCUCUAAAUGUUCAGGAAGCGAGAAAACAAAUGUCAAGGUGAAGGUGUCUGUCUUCACAUGUGACCAGACGGAAAGCUGAUUGGCCGAGAAGGUGUUUUGUGUGUGCACGAUCGAUAAGGCCACAGGGGUGAAAGCCCUAUACCCCUCAGGGCCUGAAACACUACCUGUUACACAACGACCUCGGUCGGUACGUAAGGUCAAUCUGGCCUCUUGCUGUGAAUUGUAGGCAUUUUCAGCUUCUUCGGGUUUCUGUGCGGUGAGUAAAGUAUUUCAAGAAAAGCACCUAUUUAUGCAUUGUUUUUUUUACAGAACGCCAUGACGCCGUAUCUAUAAUAAAACGUCUCGGAGUUCGUGUCUUUCCGCGUGUUGCACUACGUACCAAAAAAUUCACUAGAGGUGGUUUCACUACUGGCACAGGCUUGAGCUGCUUAGUAGUCCCACUAGCAUGAGGCUUGACGCCGUAUCUAUAAAAAAGUUCUCGGGUUUCAUGUCCUUCCGCGCGGCUUUAUUCGUAGCACGUUCCACUGCGCACUAGAAAAUUCCCUAGAGAUAGUUUCACUACUGAUAAGGCUGGCACAGGUUUGAGUUCCUUAGUAAUCUCACAGGCAUGAGGUUUCUAUUUGAAAUCCUUCCAAAGGGCUCGUGUUGCUUCCAUUUGAAUAAAAUGAUUUGACAGCUACUACAGGCUUUGCCUUGAUUCUUGACGCCCAUGAGCACACAUCCUUCUACGAAAAGCUAGAUUUGUAUUUAUUUAUUAUGUUUAUUAAUUUUAUUUAUUUACAUACUAAUUUAUUCAUUAAAUCUACCCAAAUCCUGACUUUUAGGCCGUAGAACACACUCGAUUUCAGCAGUCCGGUAGCUGGAAAAUUUAUUGAACGAAACGCCUUUAAGCUCCUGAGGUACUCGAGCAGAAGGGGGCCCAUAACCAUUGGAGGUUGAAUUUUAAUCUCCCUGUGUUCCCUGUUGAUUUUUGAGCCUAUAAUCAGAGAUGACAACAGAUAAGGGCAUAAAAACACACAAAUAUUGCUGGAAUUAUGGGAUGUGAUAAAUGUGCGACAGCAUACAUAACAAAGGGAACGAUUCCUGUAGUUCUUAAAUCAGAAAACACACAGGGAACAAUGGGGUCCCACUGAUGGGCCGAAUCCCUUGCUGCUGCUGCUGCUGCUGAUGUUCAUGAUAAUGAUGAUGUUAUUAGUUAAAGUCCUGGUCAUCUGGGGUGCGUACCAGGGAGUGUGGUGGUACGCCUAGGUACGGGCUCGGCCGCGCCAGGCAGCUUCACAUGAUCGGUAAAACACGCGUGUCUGGGCUUUUAGCUAACACCUGCGCUACCAGUAUGGUAAAUAAUUACGUAUUUGAAUCCUGGAACGUCAAGCGAAGAAAAGUAAUGUUCUAACGACCGGAUUUCUUUAUUCCCGACUGCUUAUUAGAACUUGCAUUUCCUCUAUCAUUGAGAACAGUUCAUUAAUAAUUUAACAUUACGGAAAAUUUAGUAUUUUUGGAAUAACUGGGUUUUUCUGUACUGGACUAGAGGAGCUAAGAAUGCAACGACACGAUUACUACUAACGAGCCAUCUCACAUUUUUAUGACAAUUUUGAAAAUAAAAAUGGCCUCCGAUUCAACACUGGGCAAAAUAUUGAGAUUUGCUUUAAGGUGGUUUGGGUAUUCUUUCUUGACAUGUUUCUUAAACGGAAAGUGUUUUUUAGUUAUUUUAUACAGGAUGAGGUGCUGGUUUCGGAAUGAAAUUUCUUUACUCAACGAUGCUCCCAAUAAGCAUAUUCUUAGGACUGGUGCAUAGGACUGGUGUCUCUUACAUACAUUGCUUGGAAAAUUGAGCUUGCAAAAAAUAAGGACGUUUUAUGAACACAACAUUUUAACAUUAGGCAUGUGUUCAUUUCAUUCAUAUGAGGGAACAAAAGUAGUGGCUUAAAUCGAUCCAACGGCCUUCCUAACGCAUUGCGAACUUUUCCUGGAAAACUGCUUGCAUAUUUUAUUUUACAUACUUCUGAAGUGACAGGGUGACUUAUACAGACCAUUGGCAUUGAAAUACUUGUACAUCUCUUUGCAUGCCAUAUAGUGUUUAUAUUAACACAGGCAAAUGUCUCAGGUAUUCCCUAUUUUUUCCGCUAAAAAACCGGUCCUUUACCAAAUAAACGGUCGACAGUGCAAAAAAUAUUUUGGGGAAGACAACCUAAGGUUGCCUGUGUCUGCGGUCACCUAUCUCUCAACUUCUAUAUCUUCGUGUCCCAAGUACUUCGCUCUACAAUUAAAAAAGCACAUCACAAGUUUUUGAAUUAUUGCCUACUACGGGUCAGUCGUGCAGAAAUGUUCACCUCCCCUAGACGCCCAUGGACAUGCGUCUGAAUAUCUGCCUUUGUCAGAACGGGUUGUCAUAUGGAGUUUGUGCAGCUGUGUGUUUGUAUAUUGAACCUCAAGGAAUGCAUGCAUCUGCUAUGCCAUGACCAACAAACCAUGACCCUCGAGACCUGGUGUGUGCUGGCAUUUCUCUUUCACCUGAUUUCCUGCUGGUAGAUGCUCCUGUGUUCCCGCUUCGUUUAGAGGUGGUGGGGCGUGGCUGUCCAGCCAUGCUCGUCUCUGUGCUGCUCUGUUAGUUGUUGCUGAUGAUGAUGACGUUAUUCGUUAAAGUCCUGGUCAUUUUGUGUGCGCACCAUGGACUGUGGUGCCACGCCUAGGUACGGGCUCGGCCGCGCCAUCCACCUUCGUCCUCCCCCGCCUCCGAACUUUUUGAAUAUGUAUUUGCACUGUGUCCAAGUGGAGGGGAAGGAGAAGGUGCGGAUGAUGCGGUGCACGUCCGCUAUCGCUAGAAACUAAUUCACGUGCAUGUUACCGUGCCCGCUCCACAUUGCUAUCGAGUACACAGAGGACAUCGUCGGGCUUGCCGGUCAAACUGUCACUGUUCUCAAUCAACGUCGUUGGAAGACUUUCCCUGGUGCUAUUUCAUGAUCUUCCAGUGGAUAUGCCCGUGUAGAAAAAGCAUCAAUGCUUGCAUUGGAAAAAUCCUUCUUGUGUGUGGUCUUAAAUUUCUUGCAAUAUGUCACCUCAUUGGCUCCAUUCGGAGACGGCGUAAUCUCAAAACUAGUUGAAGCUUGGUUUGAGCAGUGAUCAGCUAGUAAGUAUGCUUUUGAAGCUGCCCACAUGCAACUGUCGGAAAUUUUUACAAGGGGCUUUAAGAAUUCUGCGACAACAAAUAUAGAAAAUGCCCAUAGGUGAUGAUUUUGCCAUACCUCCUUAAAGCACUAUAGAGUCAGGGGAAAUAUGGCAACACCAAGCAAAAAGUGACCCCUUUGUUUUCAAUGAUUUUUAAUUGCAUGCAAAUGCCUUUUUUACUAAAUGUCUUUUAGGUAGCACGAUGUGCGCGACGAUUGAGGUUGCCUUAAAACUCGCAGUUGCUGUUAUCAACUGCAUCCUAGCAGUAAGUCGCUUUUUGAUAAAGCUGUACUAAUCUUGUCUUUCUGGCUGUUUUGAAGUAUAUAAAGUCUUUAAUCGGUUAGAUCCGGCCAUUUAAAUGAAGUUCUGUUGGCGCAUUUGGCGCUUUGCUCUUAUUGUGAAGUGAAAAUACGUUUUCCGAAUAGUAUUCUGGUCUGCAAAUACUUCGAAAAGUGUAUAUGUGUGUGGGUGAGUUGUUACCCUUGUAAGGCAGCGUUUACACUUUGUUUGGUCUCAGUGAUGCACAUUGAUUCCCGGAUUUCAGAGUUUUUUUUGGCCUGAACUGGUCUUAUUUUGACUAAAGAGUUUAUCAGAACUGGAUCAAGUGGUUUUUAAUGGAGACGUUUUACUACGAAAGGUAUGGAAAGACUUAGGGCUCAAUCCCACGCCUAGAGCGUUUGGAGUCUGAAAAAGCGGAAUAUGCGAAAGCACGAGACAUCUCUGUUUUAGUCACUUUUCGCGUCCAACUGCGAAUAAAAUAAAAUAAAAUAUUUCCCUCUGUUCACGAAGUAUGGAGACAGAGACUCGAUUGGCACAGCUGACGUCGGCAGCAAAUAUGCAGUUAGUUUGAAAACGUUUCCAGUGAUAAACCUAUACUUCCUCUACAGAACGCAGCUUGAAAAGUCGGGAUACCUGCUGAACCAGACUUGCUCACUAUCCCAAACGCGUAUUAACGACGGAAUGCGACCUUUUUGUCAUCAAUGAAAGGACUAUAGUUCACAUGAUAACUAUAAGCUUCGUAGAUUUGUAGGAGCAUCAGCCAUGCGAAAUCCUUCGAAAUCCUUUAGUUUCCAAGCCUUAUUUUUUGAAGUUGUUUUGGUUACUCAUGUGACAUCAGUGAGAUUAUCCAUUAUCCAUGACGUUAUCUAACAUAUUUCGUGAUCACCACCUAUGGCCUUGUGCUAAAAGGGGUAUCAAUUGAUGUUCGAAUCAUCAAUCGUGAGAGUACAGUGGUAGUUUUGCAGCGUCUAAGCCCCACAAUCAUCAGGUCAAAUCCUGAGUUGUCGGAAAAGACGGGUUUUACCGGGAUGAGGGGUUUAUUGUAUAUAGAGCCCCAAGUUGUCCUCUCAGGCGGCGGCGGGCGCUAGCCAAUCCAGGGCUGCUUUUGACUGGGCCCACUCACGCCUGAUAGUCUUUGAGACAGAGCAACCAACACAUAUAGAACAAGGUCUAGUAGUGCUACACGCAGUCUCUUCUAGUCCCCAGCGAGAAAAGAAGACGGGUUCCUAAGGGGAGUUAGGGGAUCAUUUAUAACGACGGAAGGAUGAAGCCUGGAGUCCAGUUAGAAUCGGGAAUAUCGGGAUGUCCUACGGGAGGGGCAGGCUCGUUUGGAGGCCAGGCAUGUUGGGUUCGGUCAGGAGAGGCGAUGGAGGAGUGGCAAUGGCGUCCAGAAGAAGCCCUUAGGUCCUAGAGCUGUCCGGACAUCAAUUGUCCUGGGCAUUUAUGGGGCCUCCAGUCGAUGCGGUCAGGUUUAACAAGCAGACCAAGAGGCAAGAGUAAGUAAAGACAAUGAAAGGUUGGAUAACACUGGGCUGAUGGAGACCGGAGGCUGCCACGUACGGCAGUCUUGCAAUGGCCAAUAGGAUCAAAGUUCAAAGGUGACUAGCGCGGCGCUGUGGUAUCGGUGGAUAACCUGCAACGCGUUAGGGCGUCCAGCAUGACUACUAGGACAAACUGCGCCUACAUCCCUACAACAGUGUUUGAAGUUGUUUUUGUAGGCUUGCGAGGCACGUUCGAGUGAUGUCCAAACGGUGUGUUGCAUUUGCCGAGGGGUGGUGCUCAAGUGGUUUGAGUUGCAUUCGCAGGGGGGUGGGGGGGGGGGGCGACGGUGUGUUCAAGUGGCGAAUGGGCGUCCGAGGUGAAGUCAGUAGAGUGGCUGCGGGUUAACACGUCUGGAACCGCUCGCUGUGAAAGUUAAUGACCUGGAGGCAGCAGGACCUUGAACGAGGACAGCAGAUAUGACCACGAUGGCUGUCCGCAACAGCGUCGAUGCGCAGAAUUUAUUUGCUUAUCAAAUAUUGCCGAUGAUGCCGUUUUGCGAUUGGUGACCCUAAAUGUCAGUUCGAAGUAGAAGUGGCGAGCAUACGUAGCUUUCGAUAAAUUAUCGUCGGGCCAGUACAGUUAGAUGGGAACGGGGUAGACAUGAAACACGUCAGUGAUAAGAGCAAUCUAUAAAAGUUCUACUUAAAACACAGGCGGGGUGUAAGAAUGUGGGGGAGGAUAAAUUCUAUCGAUUUUUCUUAUCACUGACCUCUACCCCGUUCCCAUAUAAUUGUACUGGCCCGGCGCGAAUUUAUCGUAAGCUACGUAUGCUCGCCACCCCGUCUUCUGAUUACUGCUACGGGAAUUUUUGCAACUCUUAGUUCGAAGUCUUGAACGAUGAGGUCUACCUCGACGUAGUGGGUGCAGGAUAGUGGCAGUAGACAGACGUACCCUCUGCCGCACUUCUCCCCUAACCACCUGGAUCCGGUGGCAAGACAGUGUCAGAAAAAUCAGAUGUGGGCUUGUAUGCGGUGCUGACGAAGCCGAAUGGCCCGUCUAGGCGUGCCAUGCACGACCUAAUACGUGCAGAAUUGAUCUUUAAUAAUGAGAUGCGCGAAUGUACCAUGAGUUACCAAGUAGAAUCGCCCCUUCUAUUCCCAAAUUCUCGAGUAUAAUAAUAGUCUUUAUGUUGUUCGAACGAUAAUGGUAACCCCAAAGGACCGUCGACGAGAUGGCCUUCAAUGCAUUGUCAUGUGACCUCAAAAUGCUUAGACGUCAAAUUUAUUUGGUCGAAUUGGCACCAGAGUUUUACUUUUCUCAAAGCAGUAAUAUCUGCCACAAACAAGCCGACCUGGUUAUUAUCAUCAAUUAUAAACAAUGUGCUGAAUAAGGGGUUUGGGAUACCAAAACGCGGGAAGUUCAUUGCCUGCAUAUAUUUCGUUUACUGACUUUCCAAUCCACCAAGUUAGUUUACAACUUUGUAAUAGGUAGGCUGGUGGGUAUGUCGUAUUAAACAAAUAUUCGACAAUGUUUUAAAGCAGUUUAACUAGUAGAAUGCUAACGUACUCAUAACAUAACAAGAUUGCCAUCCGAUCAUCCAUUUUAGAGACAUAAUAGUCAAUGACACGCUUUUACAAAGAAAAGUACGAAUAGCAAACGCUGUUUGAGACGAAAUAAGAAAAUUGCGUCAAUCAGGUUUAACGUCGCAUGCUAGAAAUUUCACGUUUCCAAGUAUUCAAUCGCAAUACUAGAUGGAAAGUCAUUAAGAUGACAGGUUUUUUACUCCAAUGCCUUCCUAGUUAAGGAAUAAACUGGUUCGUGGCUUCAGAGCGAGAGAGAUCCAACUUUUUUGAAAGAGAUAAAUCAGUGAUUACUUCUGUCCGAAGAUCGGCAUCAACAAUCCGGACUUACCGAAACAUAUUGGUAUUACUUCAGCGAGAUUUUGCACGUGAUAAAAUGUCUUGAUUCCCUUGGGCAAACUGCACUGAUAAAUGUUAAUUUCUGUCAAAGGUUGGCUUUCUCAUUCUCGCUUUGAUUGGAAUCCUUCUGAGAACGUCUCCGGACCUUGUCAGGAAUAUCAUACACUCGAUUCUAAAUCAGUUUCCCACGAUACCAAGUGAUGAACAAAUGAAAACUCUCGUCACUUUUGUCUCCGAAAACGAAAGUAUGUUGUCAUUUAAAUGGGAUCAAGCUUAUGCUCUGUUUUGUCCUCGCAAAAACAAAAAAAUAAGAAAAAUAGGAUGCGCUGAAGUAAAAAGGCGCCGAAAUAUAUAUCUAACAGCAAACUAUUUUAGUCCUGCUUGUCAAUGUAAAAACUGCGUUUUGUCAACUCUACCGACAUUCCUUGUCACAAAAUUGGUAUCUUUGCUUUCGCGACUGUUAAUAAAAAUUUUAAACAACAAAAAUCGCAGGACUAUCAUUAUUCCUACUUGAAGAGAAUAGCAUUUAAAUCGGUGGUUUACGAGCAAUUCUAUAAGCCCGAUGAGCUAAGUCUUGAACAUCAAAUGCUGCUGAUCUGCGGGCGUGACCUAAGUGACUUCAAUCGCCAAUCAAGUCGUCAUUGUCUAAGUCGGCAGCAGCUCUCGAUAAAGCAUCCUGUUCAUGGCUGUAUGACCUCCUCCGUGGCUUAUAACCUGAGCCCUAAGGUAAAAAACCGCGGCAAUAUUUCGCCUUGUGAGUAGGACGAAUCGACAGAAAGCCCUCCGCUAAGAACCUAAAUUCUUCCAGAUUUCUAAAAGUAAAUCCACGUUACUUUGGGUGCUGCAGUUUCUCAUAACAUAGGGACACUUCGUAAUGUAUCUCUUAUCAAUUUAUCAAAAACAGGCUUAGUUGAAAACAUCCAAUACGGUUUCCGAAUGCUCACGCCUAAAUUUCAUCUAAAUAAACUGAACUGAACUGCUACUGUUGUCCCUUUCAUAGUCCUUUUUAGUCACCACAAGCCGCAACCGCGUUUUCCUACUAACUCGAGUCCUUUUCUUUGCUACUGUUGUAUGCAUCAAUGAAACCUGUUUGGUCGUCGUUGACAUUAUAUUGCGUUUUUGGAAUCACGCGCUCAUCGUCCGAUGCUGCCUCUUUUAGUUGGCGUCUCGGCGGCUCUCAUUGUCAUGGGCUUGGCUCUAGCCACCCUGUGCAUUGUGGGAUUUAUUGCGGCAUGCUGUGAUCUACGACUUCUCCUAAAGAUCGUAAGUUGGCCGACAUUUACUGGCCUAGCUCAGACCGCUAGUUGACUGGUUACUAAAUUUAUUUCUUCUUCAAACAACCUUUCAGUACGCUCUCAUUCUGGGCAUAUUGCUUGCCGGUCAGGUAAUUGGCGUCAUUGUAGUCUUCUCUGAUGAGGCGCGGGUAAGUAGUCCUUUUUAUCAACACAAUUACCGAGUUUAUUUUAUUUCAAAUACGUCAACCGCGACAACUGUCGAUACGUUUGAGGAAGACGUUUGAAAUCAAAGCUUUUAUUUAAUUACGGAUGAUAUAAAUAGCUGUCACAAUGCUAAAAUAACGAUGCAGUAGCAGCGGCAUUAUUAGUAGCCGUGGCACUAACAAAAUAGUGGUUUAUUACUUAAGGAGCGCAAAAUGGUGCAAUUAGUAGAGUCGAAGCGAUAAAUAUCUACAGCCGUUAUAAAGCAGUAAUAGUAUGGAUGUACGGCAGUGAUACUGUCGGAUAAUAUUAGGUUACUCGAGUCUUAGUUUGAUACAGCUAGUGCUGCAUGCGGAAUGCGCCAGUUACCGUGCAGCGCAACCAGAAAAGUAUUAUUGUAAUACCGUAUUGACAACAUACAUAUAUAUGGGCAGAAUGAUAUUACCGACAAAGACAAGGGAGACUGAAAGGGCCAUUUCUGGCUUAUUAGCCGUCGUCAGCCAGCCGUACCCAAGCCCGAAGUGUGGAACAUACGAGCCUCGAACUCGCGACCCGUUGGCUUAGAAGUCAACGCCUCUGCUCACCGGGCCACGAGCCCGUUGCCCUGUCGGUUUUCGAUCGGGAAUAUACAAUGCGAGGGGCGCUCACCGAUCGUUCAUACGGAACUCACUCGUUCCGUUGUGCCUUAAGGGCUCUCUCUCGAGCCCAACCAGCAGCUGCACAUAAUAUAUAUAUAUGAUAAGGUGAUAUAUGUACAUGCACAUGGUAGAGGUUGUGGGAUGGAGACCCCGGUGCUUUCCACUUCGCCAUUGGGUGUGACUAGCUGAAGACAUCUAAUAAGCCGGAAAUUGCUAUUCUAGUCUCCCUUGCCUUUGUUAGUCAUUAUAUUCUACCUAUAUAUAUUUAUAAAAUGUUAAGGGGACGCUCACCGAUCGUUUUGCAGAACUCUUGUGCCUUAGAGCCCUCUUAUCCCCAACCAGCAUCUGCACAGGAGCGUGUAAAAUAGGCAGAAUAACAUUACCCAAAAGACAAGCGAGACUAGAGUGGAGAUUUAUACCUCAAUAGCUGUCGCCAGCCAUUCAAACCCAACUCCGAAGUGUGGAACACCUGGAUCUCGAUCCCUUUAACCUUAAAGCACAACGAGACGAGUGAGUUCCAUAAGACAGUCCCUGAGCGUCGUUUUAUCAUUGUAUAUUCGGUUUUAUGGCUGGCCCAAUAUUCUCACGCACCCAAAUUCAAAAUCGUGCUCUUGCAACGAGGCGUCGAGGGUUACCAAGGAGAGUUUAUUUUUCCGUCUCACAGCCAACUCAUGCUAGUGCGAUCUCGUGCGAAGCUGCUUGCCGGUGUCACUAACAUACCUGGCCUGACGGUCGAUGUUCUUCCCGUCUUCUUCUAUUAAAUUUCUUCGAUCGCACGUAUUCUUUACCAUUCAGCCUAUAUAUAUGUACAUAUAUACGAAACUUGUUUGCUUCGGGAAGCCAACAGAUCAGUGAGAAUCCGUUCCUGAUUGGGUACCUACACGAUCCUCGGUGAUAGAGAAUUACAGGUGGCGAAGAACUGAUGAAAUUCUGUUCGAUGAAGUGCCUAUGACCCAUCUAGUUGAGCCCAGCGGUUAAUAAACUACACCAGGCGUGUCUAUGCGCCUGUUGGUGUAUCUGAUCUCAGCUGCUGGUUAGGGUUAUGACUAACUGAAGACAAAAGAAGCCCGAAACAGUACUAUAUCAAUUUUCCGGCAAUCUCAGUCGUCCCUUCUUGCUGAUAUGUAUGUCAUAUGGUAGAGGGGCGCUCACCGAUCGUUCUUACGGAACUCACUCUUUCCGUUGUGCUUUACGGGCACUCUCUCGAUUCCAAACAGCAGCGCAUGAUAUAGACAGAAAUGUGAUAACCAGCAAAGACAGAAAAGACUGGAAUAACCACUUCUGACCUAUAAGUCGUCGCCUAGCUCAUGCACCGCUGUGCGGCUGAUGGUUGGACUGAAGAGAGAGCCCUUACGGUACAACGGAACCAGUAAGCUCGAUCGGUAAGCGCCCCCCUCUAACAUUGUAUAUUCCUGAUCGAAACUGUCAGGGCGACGGGCCAGUGGUCCAGUUGCUAGAGGCGUUGAACUCCUAACUAAAAGGUUGCCAGUUCAAGCCUCAGGUGUUCCACACUUCGAGGUAACGUACGGCUGGCCGACGACGACGGCUAAUAAGCCAGAAACGGCCAUUCCAGUCUCCCUUGUCUUUGUCCGUAAAAAUAUUCUGCAUACAUGUCAUAUAUAUGACAUAGUACCGACAAAGAAGACAGUGACCAGAAUGGUUAUUUCCGGCUUAUUAGCCGUCAUCAGCCAGUCAUGCGCAACCCCAAGUGUGGAUCGUUUGAGUUUCGAACCCGGGAUCUUUGGUCAUAGAGUUUGAUAAAAUAACAUGGAACUACGGGCCCGUUGCACUGUCGACUGUGAACGGGAACAUCAAUUAUAACAGAUGGGCGACGGCUGGUGACAUCAACCCGUCAUGACACGAAAUAAACAGAGGAGAAAGUGAAAUGUUAAGACUAAAUUGGUUGGCGCGACAGGACAGCCACCUACAAACAAGCGGGUAGCGUGUGAAAUGGGUGGUUGGGAUCUGGGGCGGGGGAGGGAAGGAGGGACUGUUGCGGUUCCCUGUGUUGGAGGACGGGGAAGGUGGCGACUCAAUGGGAGUUCAGACAGUGAACUUAGUGGUUGUCGAUCCGGCAUGGAGGUAGAGGUCAGUGCGCCAACGUUGGGUGUGUUAGGACUCGCAGUUGCUGUUCGCUGUGCCUGGGAAGAAGGUAUCGAAAUAAUGAGGUUCUACAUGGCCCAGUAUGGAUUAGCGGUCGUUGUUAAUUCUUAGGCGCAAGUCGUUGAGCCGGUACGCGCGUCCAGAUCGACAUGGUGAUUGAUGCUACUCCUGUUAGAGUGCCUGGCUUCGAGGAAUUCUCGAGCCUGUAUGGUGUUAGCCAUGGCAACAACUUGACUUCCUUCGCAUUUGGAGUUAUGAUCGCAUUCAAGGACGUGUACAAACAAAAGUGACAGGGAGUCACGACGGCAGGUGUUCGUUUAUAUACGUCCCAAAUCGUUUGCCUGUGUGGCCAGCAUAAUCACAAGAGCAAUUGACACACGGAAUAUGCUAGAUGACACUAAUUUGCGGCUCUUUAGGUAUGGGGUCUUUUACUCGGGAUAGUGUUGCGUGCAAGGAGGACGCCGGCUUGUGAGCAAUGAAGAUACCAAACCGGUUUCGUUGUCGGGCGAUUGCUUCAGAAACGCCGGCAUUGCGAAAAUAACGAUGGUAAACCUGUUUUUCUGUUUUUAGUACACUAAUUCCAUGGUGGAACUGAUGAGCAACCAUUUGAGUUCCUACGGGAAUCCGACUGCAACUUCCACUAUCCUUUGGGAUAUUCUGAUGACAGUAAGUUGGUUAAAAUUUCGCAUGUCAGGAGUUGCUGUGGUUUAAUACAACGGUUGAUGAGCAUAUGAAAGAACAUGUGGAGAGUCAUCGAUUUUUAAAGUCGAUAAUUUCCUGAAUAAUUGUCCGCCCAUGAUUUGCAAGCUCUGUUUGCUGCUUCUAAGUUUCGCACACGCGUUUUGCAUUAAAAUUAAAGAUGUCUUCGCGUAAGAGAUUUCCCUUAUAAACUCACUUAUUACCUUGAAAUAGUGCUCAGCUGGCGACUAUUCGUAUCCAGUCGCUUGCAGUCUAAAUAGCGGAAUUCUAGAUGACACAAAUUAGCAGUCAAGCGAUGGAAAUAUGACAUCAUGAUAAAAAAGGGGUGUGCAUAAAACGUUCGAAGGUUAUUGCGGUUCAGAAUAUGCAUUUCCGAAUGGCAUUAGACCCAUUGGCCUGUGCGUAGCAUAUCAUGUCCAGCGUAAAUGAGUAGUCGGACUUUGGGGAAACUGUCAAAGCGAAGUCUUAAGCAGUCCCCUGAUACCCUAUUAAGAUGUUUGCUUCACCUGUAAAGAUCGCCCCUGCGGUUGAUGAUAAAUAAAAUAAAGAAGGAUCAGAUGUGGUUAUGUAGUCCCACCUGAAGUAAAUGAAACCUAGCUGCCUGUAAUACGGGACCGGUGGUAAUAUUUGUUUUUAUAAGUGGGGCCGGAUACAGCACAGUAGGCGAGGUCAAGUAACGGUAUGCAAACGAAAAGUCUCAAUAGUAGUGAAAAUGCGAUUCCCAGGUGUCAUAUCAAAAGAGGAGGAGGCUUUCACCGGGAGGGGUUUAUUUGAGUUCCGACGUUUAGAGUAGUUUAUUCGUCUACUCGUCUUCAGAGACUGGGAAGUCCUGCGCACAGCUCCCCCUACAAUGGCGCCCUUCGUUCAAUGCGUUAUCCGCCAAUGCCGUCUGUGUGGCUGCAUCCAACCCGCAUGGCACCGUGACCUGACUCGCCCCCGUCGGCCGCGGAGAUGACUGACGGCCCCGAUUGUCCCGCGCCGUGACUGUCCCCCGCUAAGAAGGUUCGUAAUGUCAGAUAGGGGGGGGGGCAAAUUGAUGUGGCGGUUGACAAAGCAAUCGGUGGACAUCCAGGCUUCUUGCAUUUGCCUUGCUGUGUGAUCGCCGCCCCGGCCCACAAUCUCAACGACGUCAAAGUUGAAGAUGUGUCCCAUUUGCGGGGCAUGGGUUGCUACCUCCGACUUUGGGUCUAACCUUUGCAAGGCCAAUUUAUGCUCGUGCAUUCGCGUUUGCAGCAGUCGGCCGGUUUCCCCAACGUAGUUGCAGCUUCCGCAGCUGCCUUGAAGUCGGUAGACAACGGCCGAUAUCUCCCGCUUAGGGAUCGGAUCUUUUGGUCGCAUCACUUGCCGGCAGAUUGUUGAGUCAGGCCUGUGGGCAACACCUAUUCCGAGUGGCGCGAGUGAUCGAGCAACGGCUUCGAAGACCCCUUUACUGUACGGAAUGCUCUGCCACGAGUUUGACUGAUUGUGCUCUUCGUUUCGUUUCUUUGGCUGCCUCCGGCUCCGUUCAAUGAAUGCCCGCGGAUAGCCAUUGGCUCUGAAGAGUUCUCGGAGGUGCUUUAUCUCGUCCAGUUUGGCGGCUGGUGUGCUGCAAUGAGUUUCCACCCGUCGGUACAGCGUGCGGACACAGCUUCGUUUGUGUUGCAGCGGGUGGUUGCCGUUGUAGCCGAGCAUUUGCAACGUCUUCGUCGGUUUUCUGUAGACCGACGUCGCUAGAUCGCCAUUUGGUUGUCGGCCGACGAGAACAUCCAAGAAUGCAAGUUUGUCCCCUACUUCCUCUUCCAUCGUGAAUUGUAGAUCAGGAAUGAUUGAAUUCAGUAUUUCCACUUAGUAGUUCAUUUUAUCCUGGUCGAUGAUUACAAAGGUGUCAUCAACUUAGCGUGCCAAAAACUUGGGUUUGUAUUCCUUGAAUAGUCGUCUCUUGAGUUUUUGUAGAACCGCCUCGGCAAUGAGCCCGGGGAUUGGUGAACCCAUUGGAGUGCUCUUGAUCUGCUCGUAUGCGGUCCCUUCAAAGGUAAAGAAUGUCUUGAGACAGUGCCCCAUGAGUUCUAUGGGAUUCUGAGCUGUGGGCUGGGCAUCGCCCCCGUCGUAAUUUUGACGUAGCAAGUCACUGAGCGUUUCAACCGCAAGGGCCUGUGGUAUGGACGUGAAGAGUGAGACGACGUCAAAAGACACCAUCCUUUCAUUCGGUUCGAUCGUGACUGCCCUUAUUUUGUCAAGGAAUUGUUCUACCGAGUGCACCGUUGUUUGUGAGCCUGCAGUUAGGAAUCUUAGCUAAUGAAAUAGCCAGCUUGCAAGCCCGUCUGUGGGUGUGCCUCGGAGUGAGACGAUAGGACGGAGGGGAACAUCUGGCUUGUGUACUUUUGGGAGACCGUAGAAUCUCGCCAUAGCGGUUCUGCUGGCUUUGCCAUAAACCAGUCUUUGACGGUGAUGGCCUUGUCCAUUGGAAAUUAGCGGUUGCACUUUUAGUGGAUGAGAAAUAUUUUCCCUAACCCCUAACUGUAACCACUAGCUAUAACUCCAACUCCUAGCCCUUUACUCUAACCCAUAACCCCCUAACAGUAUUGUGUUCAUCAGAUGGGGCAACAUAACUAGAUCUUAACAUAUUCUCUGUGGAAAUGGCCCUCCAUUUCGUUUAAAAUAAAUACCUAGCAAAGUUUUAGCAUGGAAGGCCCGCAGAAUUUGAUCGAAUAGGGUCAAAACGAUACAGGGCAGACGCGAUUAGCAGACAUGUCGGAAUUAAAAGGAACCAGAUGUAGUUCGUGCCGGUGUAGACAGAACAAUUUGUUGAAACAUCUAAGGUGAAAAUGCCCCAUUUGGAGCGAACGACUAGAAUCGACAUGUGUUCUUAAGUGACCACUGAUUUGACUGGGAAAGAAUAGGCUUAGGGAAUGAAUCCACAUCACCGACAACAACUCGUCAAAUACAACGAACCUAACAGAAUUUAUGAGUUAACGAACUGUGGGGAUUCGUUACUAUCAAUCAUGGGAAAAAAAAAUUGCGUAAGGCGAGGCAAGGUUUCUUGCGUUCGUUAUGAGUCCAGAGCACGCAAGCCCGUUCGCUCUUCUCUGCAGUAAGCAGAACGUAACCCAUCCAUAAUCAUACGCGAAGGGAUAGUCCUUAACAGAACACGCUAGUUAGCGCCCUUCCUUUAUGUCCGUAUUUGGUUAGGCGGGGACUGUGGAUGUAGCCUGAUUGGUUGUUCACUGCCGCUCUCAUUUCGGUUACAGUUCGUUUGGGUGAUCGAUGGGGUUAUGGCAUUUGUCAGGCUACUGCCAUUAAGUGGGCUGAUCAAACAAGGCACCAAGUCUAUAACGAGAUUAAAGUAUGCAAUGGAGUCGCCUAACAAAAACUCCGUCUGUUCAAGAAAGUCCCUAAAAUAACAAAAAGGACUAGUCUAGCCUUUAACACAUAUACCCCUAGUUAUUAUUUGUUAAUUACAUCUUGACUAACUGACUGCAAUCUCGCUUUAAAUUCCUACAAGUGGCCUCCUCCGUGCGUAAAAAGUCUAGUAAACUCCCCUGGUGACCACCUCAGUUAGGGAUCGCAGCUGCCCGCGAAUAGCUGAAAUACGCGAAGACUUGAGACAUCUCUAAAAACGUUAAGAAUUACAUGUUUUGGUUAUCAAACACCAAAUAUCCUUUAAGCUAUCCUCCUAACACCUGUGACUAUCAUUCCAAAGCUAUCAUAAACAUCAUUCCUAUAAAUAUAUGUGACUUACAGUUAUGCAUGAACCAACAGCCAAUUAUCACUCUUAAUAACGCGAAAACUAAUUACUGUUACCCAUAUAUUUAGAGUCGACUAUUUUUUUCCCCAGAGUGCUCAAGUCUUAUUGUUUUCUUAUACCGUAUGCAGCGCAUAGGAGUAGUAUAAGUUCAUUCACAAGUACAGGGAAAAGUUAGGUACUGUCUUCAAAUAUCGAAGUCUCUAUUUAAAGAUGCAAAAAACUGUAAGUUAUUAAAGAUAACGUUAGUCAUGCGGAUAAUCACUACCGAUGAAUGCUGAUUGAGGAAGAAUCUGAUGAUGCACUAGCUGUGCAGGUGGACGAAAAAUGACAAAGAAAUGACCGUGCAGCAAUGCGGAGGAGCAGCGCUAAUAAAGCGGCACGAUCGUUCCGAUAAAAAACCUUAUUCACUUGAUGUUUCAAAUUCCUCAUCGUCAGACACAUUAGCAGAUAUGGAUAGGUUGAUUUCGAGAAGUAAUCCGAAACGCCAGGCGAAUAAAGUUUUUUUUCCCAGAGAUUGUGUGUCCUUUCUCAAGACUGUUUCCUUUGACUCUUUCCUCGCUUCCAGUGGCAAAACAUAUCCUUUGGGACACUACUGGUCCAUUCUGGAGUCCUUUUUAUUCAUCAAUGACACCUUUUCAGACAGUUGUUUAGUGGUUUCAAGACCCAAGGGCUCAUACCUUUACGGUCUUAAGAAGUGUUGCUGUUCCUUCGUAUGUUUAGAUUUGCUCAUCGUUUGCCAAGGCUUCUUUAGAAAAAAAUUAGAUUUUUUAUAUGCAACCGUGUUUGUUUCAAUAUUCCAAAAUAGGUAAAUAGUUAUUUAUUAUGAAAAUUGUCUUAGCAACGGAGGCAUAUGAGCAUUAUUUUCCAUAAUUGCCAGAUGCUUUCUACGAAAAAUGAGACCAUCGAAUACUGAACCACGAAUAGGUGACGGCUAACUGUAUAUACAGAUCGGAUUAUAUCGAGAAUUUUUAGGAUCGGCAUAUGAAAAUCCCGCAUAGCAAUCCUUUGCUACCAGUGAUAGUCGGCGUAUCCUCUUACGAAUACGAUUAAAGAUCUAGAAGGCCUCAGUUAUGUCCACAGAUAAACAGAUUUUUCAAGAUGCGCAUGGAUAGCGAUGCUUAGAGACCCUUUUCAUCCUCUUCGAAGAACGCGAACACUUUUUCGUUUGCGCAGGCGCCACUUAUUCUGUCAGCAAAUGAAUUCACGAAAGGGGAUGAUUCUUUCCCUUAUUUAAAGCGUGAACGGUGCCGAGGCAUACAUCCUGCUCCGUUUUCUCCCUUGCUAUGUAGAAUAGUUUAUCUAUAUACCAAGGUCGAAUGUAAGUCUAUGCAAAUGUCCCUUAGGCCUCGGCAUUCCGUGACUUCCUUUAUUACACCGGGCGAAAACGUUAAAGACGCCAAGAUUUUCUAAGAUAUGUGAUGUGGGAAUGACAAAUACGCAUCCGUAAGUUUCUUGGUUCAUGCGUGCGAGGCGGGGUCGGUUUAGAAAAAUAUUCUUUUGUAGGCUUCCGGCGUGCUAACUUAACUGACAUAUCUGAGAAAAAGGUUUUAAACUCCGCCGUUUUUAAAAUCAACUUACAGAAAUGCAUCAGGCGACAGACCACAUGUUGCUUCUCUUCUGCUUAUUCCUCCAAUGCGCUACAUGUUACUACUGAAGACAAAGUAAGCAGUAGGACGGUUAGAUAAACGUCAGGCCACCUACAUCCAGACUGUUUAUAAUAAAGUUUAUAUGUAUAUUACUUUCCAGCAAACGAGAUGGAAGAAUAACGCUAUAGAGCAUUUUAUUAAAAUAACUCCGAGUAUAUAUAGGGCCUAGAAAGUGUAAGGAACCUUGCGUUUUGCAUUCACGUUUGCGACCUAUCAUCACAAGUUUAAAGGAGAGGACUCAAAUGCGUUCAAAAGGGAUUUUUUCCGGUUAAAUCUUUUUGCGAACUCAUAAUAUUUUUACAAACUCUUCUUCUUCAUCAUCAGAAGUCGUAGGGAGCAAAAACUGAAAGUGUGACAUUAUUGUAGACCGGUGGUCCAUGUUGUGGAAUGAAUGGACCUGAAGACUUCAAGGACGUGCUGGGUAAGUGUGUGCAUAAAAGAUUACGUGUUCUCUCGUCUACCGUUCCAGCGUCUUAUUAAAAUCCCGGAUUCGUAGCAUAGAAUUUAACAAAUAACAAGAGUUGGAAAUUUUUAAUCUUAAUGGUCUUACAACUUCACAAACGUGUCAGAAAAAGCCUAUGCUAUCCGGGACUUCUUGGCUAUCAUGCCAUACAAGGGAGACGACUUGGUGCUCUUAGUCAUUCAAAGGGCACUGAUUUCAUUUUCUAAUAAUGCUCGAGGAAAGAGAGGAAAAUGCGUAGUGGCAUAAAGUUUGUGUUGGACUGUACAACGUGAGCAUAUUGUGAAAUGACCGAAAUUCACCUAUUACGACGUCAGUAAGCUCACUCAAAGGGGUACAUUUGGAAAUAUUCGUAGCGGUCUGUAAAAAAAUUUGAAAGAUUCGGGAAGAAAAAAGUGCCAUUUCAGUUCGCGGGGCCUAAAUUUGCAGGUCACUGAAAACAGAUGGUCCAAUACAUCAUUCAUUGAAUUCCACAUCGAAGGCAGACCAUCUCGUCUCGUGUGCGUUACCUUGUGUAAACUACCCGAAAACAUUUUAUUGAUUUUCCAAACCACUAUUCCCAAUUUUUAUGAGGUCUCCACUUUUGAUGGUCGGUAUCGACUCCAGUUCUUAUUGACAGUACCCCUGUUUUACGAAUUUUGAGAGGGGAGGUGGAACAUUUUCUCUGUAAUUAAUCCCCAUCUGCUAUUAAAAUUGGUCGAAUUCGGCCUGGUAUUUAGUUGGCUGUUUGUGGCUUUUGCAACCCGUAGGGAGCUUGCUUGAUUUGGAAAGUCACACAGAUAAAUAUGCAGUAUGUUAUUUCCGACAAAUACAAGGGAGCCUGGAACGGUCAAUCCAGGCUAUUAGCCGUCGUCAGACAGUCAUACCCAACCUCGAGGUGUGGAACACCCGAAACCCGAACUCGUGACCUAUUUGUUAGAGGUCCACGCCUUUAAGCAGUGGGCCACGAGGCCGUUGCCUUGUCGGUUUUGGUCGGGAACAUACAAUGGUAGGGGGCAACGGGGCAUAGUGAGACGACCGGGAAGCCACUAAGAAACAGAAUUCCACCACCGCUUCUAUUGGCAUCAGAACCAUCGGCGAAACAUGUAGGUGGAAUGUAUGCUGGGACCGACGUUAGAGGAAAGGCAAAAAACAUUUGCUAUUUAUAUACAUAUAUACCCCCCCCCCGAAGAAGAUGAAGAAUAAGAGAUGGCGAAUUCUUGGGCCAAAGUGUAUUUGAAUUGACGUUUCAGAAACCCUCUCGUUCUCAUUAUCAGAGUAAAGCGUUGGCUGUUCCUGAUGGAAAGUUAUUAUCGGUUGCGAUCGGGUAUGUACAAUGGCAGAGGGGUGCUCAUCGAUCGUGGUAUGGAACUCACGCGUUCCGUUGUGCCUUGCGGGUCCAUCUCUCGAGCCCAACCAGCAGCUGUACAACGACGUAUGAUGUAGUCAGCUGGUUUACCAUUCGGGGCUCAGUAGUUAGAGACGUAGCACAUCUAAAUAACAGGUCGCGGUCUGGAGCCCCAGGUGUUCCACACUUCGGUUUGAGUAUGAAUGGCUGAAGACGACUAAUAAGCCAGAAAUGGCCAUUACAGGCUUCCCUGUCUUUGUUGACAAUACCAUUCUGUCCGUUUCAUGCGCGGCUGUGCGUUACUGGUUGGGCUCGAGAGCAAGCCCAAAAAACACAACAGAAUAAGUAAGGACUUUAAAAGAGAUCGGUGACCGUUACUCUACCAUUACGUACACAUAUAUGUAUACAUGCAUAUCGAAGUAAAUGCGCUUGCCUAUCGCAACACAGGGCACACUCAUUUUUGGUUUUUUGUCGUCGUCAUCCAACCCUACCAAAUGUCAGAAUUGCAGGGCCCGAGGUUUAAAUCUGCGUUGUUUCGUCAACGCCUGACAGCAUUGUCCUGCUGGUUGCGAUUGGGAAUGGCUAUUAUGUUGUUAGUGCGCUCACCAACUAAAUUACGGAAUAUAUUCAUCCUGCUGCUUAGCUACCAGUAUUAUUGCCGAAGGGUCGAAAAAAAUAAUGAGGACUGAACUGCUUAUUUCUGCGCUAUGAGCCCUUGUCUGCUACACACCAUCAACACCAGAUUUACGCGAAAUGUCUUCACCUACAUUGCACAUAGCUGGUCACCCCAGUCUUGUUUGCUUUUUUCCAGUACGCCUUCCGCAUACAUGCGAAAUAUCGCUGAAUGCAUUAGCUCACGUUUGUUUGCGCUUAUUUGCAACAGAAUGCUGGUAGGCUUAUUGUUUUUUUCAAAGCAAGCGAGUAAAGUAGAAUUUUCUGGUACCAACAAAUUCCACGACAAAGAAUGUCUUGCCAAUGCACGCCAAUGAAUUCACAUGCACUUGCGGAUGCAAGUACAUUAGGCAAACGCAAAGGCAGUCGACAGCUGGGUCGAUUGUGUACCUGCCCAGAUGGCUUCUAAAGAAAGAAACAAAAUUCCGCGUUCCUUCACUACAAAGCACCUACUUGAUAACGGUCACUCUGUUGACCCAAAAACAUCCUACAGAGCGAAUGAAACCAGACAUUUGUAAACUGAUGAGGGGUUUGGUCAGCCUAAAAUUUUCGUGGUAAUCUCUAGCUCAUCGAUCUUAAAAUUUCCCUUUUCCUUUAUGCCUAUUAACGUUUUCACAUUAUCCUUCCCAUAUCGUGUUUAAACUACAAUUUCGUUGAUUACCCUAACUAUUACCUUGCUGUUUUGCAUUGAUUUUUUGGGAGAAUUCAAACUGCUGCUUUCUUCUCACUUGUUAUUUAUGUUAUAAAGCGACAGGGUGCAGCUGUUCAGCCCUUGCGCAAUUGUUAGUACCGGUAAAAUUUGCUUUCAAUUUCGUACCGGGGAAAAAAAUUCAUCAAAUUGUUGUUUUCUGCGAAAUGUAUUGAACAUUUGUUUAACCAAACUAACUUAAAUUUCUGCUUAUUUCAGCCGGCCACUGUUCCCGCCUUUGUUGCGCUGAUAUCUCAUGCAAUUGUCUCAUCACAGCCGCGGUUGUUAAAAAUGGAUGCAGAGGAAAACUUAUUCUGCUCACAAAGCAGGGCAUGACAAUAUUCUUUUUCAUCCUCCUAGGCGCUAUGAUUUUCCAGGUAAUUACUGCGCCCUACGGGUCAACAGCCAACAAACAAUCACAAGUCGACCAAUGGGUGUUUAUAUGAAAUUGGUUGCAAACUCACCAAAAAAUCACAUGCCGAUUCUUUAAGUAAUUAAUGAAAGCAGACAGUUAAAACAAGAGUUCCUAAGAAGAGGGUUAAUUGUUGGAAAUUAGAGGCACAUGUAUGCAGUAGGUGUGCCAACUACUGAGAUGUUAAUCGAAAUGCCAAAAUGCGUUACCGACGCGAAAGUAUUACUUCAGAAGGGUUGCAACCUUAAUCACCAUGCAGCACAAUCCCAAGACAUUUCUGCUACUUCGAGAUGCCGGCAUCUGAGCUAAUUUUUUUUCGGCCGCCAGCAAAAUUUACACUUUGUUAAAAAUAAACAAUGAAGUAAUAUGAUUUUUUCCUUAAGGUCUUCAAUACCCUUAUGAGUUUGAAUAUAUUUAGUAGAAAAAGAAGCAUGAAAAUGUUCACCCUUUUACUCAUUUAGUAGAAUAUUAGGUCAUUAGUAAAUUUGAAACUUGGAGGAAGGGAAAAUUUGGCUUUAAACAGCUAUUCCGAUUCCCGAAUACUUUUGAAGCCGACCUGCUGUUACACUUGCAUCCAAAGUUUACAAUUUACAAGCAGUAAACCUUACGUGUAUAGAAAUCAUAUAAUACUAGACGCCAUGAGAAGCAGACCAUAUGAGGUUCAUUAGAUUUAGCACAUUUUGCUGUCUCAAAAAUCUCAUUAUAAGAAGCUUUUUGAAAAUCAAAUUAUACACUUCCUUCAAGUAAAAAAUGUGCAAAAGACGUAGUAUACUAUGAAAUGAUUAAAACAAUGAUUUUUUACGCAUGUUUUCUAUAAGACGUACUUAAGCAUACAAGGGCACCGAAAACAAAUGAGAAAAAACAUCUUUAAGUGGUCUUUUUUUACAUAGCGUAGGUUUUACAGGCGGCCAAAAAAUCUUAUUUGAAAGCCAUCCUUUCGUUUUAAAUUAAAUGACCUAGGAUUAUGCUGCAUGGUAAUUAAUAUAAAAAUCCUUCUUAAGUAAUAUUUUCGAGUCAAAAAUGCAUUUUAAUAUUAUGAUUAGCAUUUUAUUAGUUAGCACAUCUGCUGUAUCUCCUUUUCAGGUCCUUUAAAAAGCGAGCAUUGCUUGAAUUUCAGCUUUUUUGUUCCCUCCAGUAAAGUAAAUAUGUGCAACACAGAGCGGAGAAGAGUAUAGAACUACUCUAAAAUUAAAUUCGUGUAAAAUACCCAUUGAAUGACAUUUGAACUUUUUUCCUGUUUUUAGUUCCUCAUUUUCCUGAUCACGCUGUUCGCUCUGGCUAAACGGACUGUUUCUCCCUUUUAA